GUAAAGACAGAAGGCUUAUCGCUUGCAGGGGGGCACUACACUUACUGGAACAGCAAGUCCAUGAAUUAUGUACGUACGUUGGUAAUGCUUGAUUCCUACACAUGGCUCUGCAGUGGCCCAGAGUGAAUCAGUGAGGGAAGCGGUUGGCAUCGUUUCUCUGGCAUCGCUACAGCACAGGACGGUUGUACACACACAGCCAGAGCUGUGACAGUCAGUGAGGUUGGUCUGUUGCACAUGGAUCUACUUUAGAGGGACACUACAAUAAGGAUGGCUUUGAUACUGCACCUCAAAUAUGCAGAAAAUUUACGGGGGAAAGCGGAUCGCCUUGCCAAAGUAUCAUUCCGAGGUGUGUCCCACUACACAAGAACCCAUGAGAACUCAGAAGACACAUGCCUGUUUGAUGAGUCAUUUGAGUGGCCAGUGGCUCGUCCUAUUGAGAGUGAGGAGGUUAUUGACAUUCAGGUCUUCAACUACAACAAAUACCUCAGUAACAGACUGGUGGGGACCUUCCGGAUGAUACUGCAGGAACUCAUUGAAGUUGGCAAUGUCAAGAUAUCAGACUCGCUGCUGGAUGCAAACAAUGUGGUUAUGCGAACAACACUGACCUUUGAAUUGACGUAUAAUGCCCCAGAUGGAAGCGUCGGGAUGUGGCAGAAGGGAGGGUUCGAGAAACUGAAGAGUGAUGAGCUUCGACGACCAUUGUCAGAGGACGAGAGGAAUCAGAUGAACAUCCAGAAAUCUGACAAUGAGCUUCAUCCUCCAGACUCUGAUUCUAUCAAGUCAUCACCCUCCAAGAGCUCAUUCAAAGGUUCCAGACUCAGUCUGGCAUCAAAGGCAUCAUCUGGACGAGCAAAAUCACCCAAAAACCCGAAGAACCUGACAUCUGUAGUGAAGAUGAUGAUGAGCAAGAAGCAAGAUGAUGAUAAACAGGCACUCAUUGAUGAUCUGGACUCAGAUUCCCAUGAUCUGGAUGCGAAGGCGGCAGAGGUGGCCUCCAUGUUGGCAUCUACGGCACAGGAGCGACUCAUGGAUGACAGUCAGAGCAUAGACAGCCAAGGCUCCACCAUCACAAUGUCAGGCACCGGCAAAAAGAUGAGGUCUCGAGUCAUUCCAGAUGCUCCCACUCUCAAGAGCCAAGAUUUCCAAGUGUGUAUCACAAUUAUUGAGGCCCGUCAGCUGGCAGGGUUGAACAUGGACCCUGUAGUGUGUGUCCAGGUGGGGGACCAGAAGAAGUUCACCAGUGUCAAGGAAUCCACCAACUGCCCAUACUACAACGAGUAUUUUGUCUUUGAUUUCCACCUGCCUCCUGUGAUGCUGUUUGACAAGAUUGUCACUCUGACGGUGCUACAUUCUCGUAACUUCCUCCGUUCGGGCACCAUUGUAGGCAGUUUCAAGUUAGAUGUCUCCACAAUAUACAUGGCACCUGACCACCAGUUUUACCACAAGUGGGCCAUGCUGACAGAUCCGGAUGACAUUAAUGGUGGAGUGAAGGGUUACCUGAAGUGUGACAUUGCUGUCAUUGGCAAAGGGGACUCCGUGAAGAUAAGGCGAAGCUGCGUUCCCCCAAAAUCUGACAAAGAUGAAGAUGACAUUGAAGCGAAUCUGUUGCUGCCGGAUGGUGUUCCCGCUGACCGACAACGAGCCAAGUUCUUUGUGAAGGUGUACAGAGCAGAGGGUUUGCCCAAGAUGAACACUGGCAUCAUGGCAAAUGUCAAGAAAGCCUUCACCGGAGAGAGCAAGGACCUUGUGGAUCCCUAUGUUGAGGUCUCCUUCGCUGGCCACAAGGGUCGAACAUCACUCAAGAAAGGAUCCUAUGAACCUGUUUGGAAUGAGCAGGUUGUGUUCACCGAGAUGUUCCCUCCCUUGUGUAGACGCAUCAGAAUACAACUGCGAGACAGUGACAGCGUCAAUGAUGAUAUCAUUGGCACUCACUUCAUUGAUCUGUCACACAUAUCGAAUGAAGGAGAGAAAGGUUUUCUGCCAACCUUUGGACCUUGCUGGGUGAACCUGUAUGGUGCCACCCGCUACUACCAGCUCCUGACAUCACAGACUCACCUCAACGAUGGAUUAGGUCAGGGUGUGUCAUUCAGGGGCAGAUUACUCAUAGCAAUAAAGAUGGAGAUCCUGGAGAGCAUGGAGAGUGGACCUGCAACGGUGGAUGUAGAAAAUGCCCUACCAAUCUCUGAGAAUGCAGCAGGUAGACCAGAGGAGUACUUCCUGUAUGGCUGCUUCCUUGAAGCAUCUAUGAUAGAGAAGAAAGUGGGGGACAAACCUGUGCACUUUGAAAUCAGUGUUGGUAAUGCAGGCAAUGUCUUGGAUGGUUACAACCCACCCAGUCGCAACAGUCGUAGCAGCAGUGACAGUGAUGAACCUGUGCAAGACAGUGAUUCUGAAGAUGAAUCUGGUUCUCGCAUGGAGAUCCCCAAGUGGCAGAGUAUGACCCCAGGGACCAAGCCAGUGACCCGGGACAAGUGCUACUACCACCUUCCCUACUACGAGGACAAGCCAUGUGUGUACAUCAAGGAGCUGUUUGAAGACCACCGCAGGAGGAUGUACAACUGCAACAUCAUAGAGAAAGUUGUUGAGAAACUGGAAGCUGGCAUCACCGAGGUGCAGGACAUGAUCAAGUCGGAGACACCCUUCCCUGAGCGGCGCCUGAGGGGUGUGUUUGAGGAGCUGGGACAGGGGUGCUCCAAGUUUGUGUCUCUGGUGAAGGGCACAGCAGGGGGGUCGGCAGCCAAGACUAAGCUGGACAAGGAGAGGCACAAGCUCUUAGUCAGAGAGAUGGAUCAACAGUCCACUCUGGCCAGAACAAUGAAGGCCACUGUAACCAAGACCAAUAUGAGGGAAAAGAUGCGCAGUGCAAACCAGUACCUCUCCAAACUGCGUAAUCUCAUGAAUGAGCCCCAGCAUGCAGUGCCCGACAUGUUUGUGUGGAUGAUCGCUGGACAGAAGCGUGUUGCAUACCAGCGGGUGAAAUCUCGGGACAUCAUCUACUCCAUUGUGGAUGAGGAGAGGGGCAAAUUCUGUGGCAAGGUCCAGACAAUGCUUCUCAGGCUGCCAGGGAAGAAGGCAGAGGGCCAGGCCGGCUGGAACAUCCAGGCCAAGCUACAGCUGUACCUGUGGCUUGGGCUGACCAAACACAAGAAGGACUAUCUGAAGGGCCUUCCAGGAGGCUACGAGGAGACCAAGCCUCUCAAGCUGUCCUGCAAACCUCAGGGAUACCCACCACCUUUUGUGCACUACAAAGAAAAGCAGGUGUUCCAACUGCGCUGUCACAUGUACCAGGCAAGACAGCUGAUUGGUUCAGAUGCUUCUGGGUUGUCUGAUCCAUUUGCACGUAUUGCUUUUGCUGACCAGAGUGCAUGCACUCAGGUGAUUGAGGAGACCCUGAGUCCCACUUGGGACGAAAUGCUCAUCAUCAAGGAGGUGGAGGUGUAUGGGCUUAUGGAGGAGAUUGUGGAUGACCCACCAACCAUCGUUGUGGAAAUAUUUGAUCAAGACAAAGUGGGAAAAUCUGAGUUCAUUGGCAGAGCCCUUUGUAAACCUGUGGUGAAACUGAGCAAUGAGAAGUAUGACGGGCCCAAGUUCCCCCCUCGCCUGGAGUGGUGGGAUGUGAGGCGUGGUCCGGACGAGGCAGGAGAGCUGCUGUCAGCGUUUGAACUCCUACAGAUAAAACACAAGGCCAAAGGCAAUCCGAGUUACCCAUUUGAUGAGCGUGACCUACGGAGUGCCUAUCGUACCCCGCUAUAUGCCAGGAAGACAUUGGCACCAUUUGGUGACAGGACUGGCCAAGACCUCCCCCCAAUGGAGCUGCCGAAUCAGGACAAAGACAGAGGACCAAUAAUGCCUGUUCCAAAGGGCAUCCGACCAAUCCUCAGCAAGCACAGAGUUGAGGUGCUGUUCUGGGGGGUGAGGGACCUGAAGCGUGUGCAGCUGCAGACUGUGGAUCACCCCCGGAUUGAUGUUGAAUGUGCAGGCCAUGUCCUCCAGUCUUCUAUCAUCCUCAACACCAAGAAGAAUCCCAACUUCAACAUUCCAGUCAAGUACUUUGAUGUGGAACUGCCAGAGAAUGAGAUGUACUGUCCACCUAUUUCAAUCCGGUGUGUUGACUGUCGAAGUUUUGGCCGCUUUGUGCUUGUGGGUACACACGUCAUCAGCAACAUCCACAAGUUUAUGUUUGUGCCCACCACCAAGAAGGCCAAGAACGUUCUCCAGAAGCUCUUCCCAGGUGAUAAAACAACAGAGAGGUCAACCCUUCCUACUGGGGUACUUGAAGCCCUGCCCACAGCAGCUCCAGCCCAACCCACCAUCUUGCUUGACGUCCACAUGCUUGAUGUGCCCCUCAAUAAACCUAUGCCAGAAACUUCAAAUCAAACCACUCUGGAUGUCCCGAGUAAAGGAAUUGAUGCCACCAAGGUCAUCAGGACAGGGCAGGUUUCUGUGAAGGCAAACGAUGUCGCCAUCACUAUCAACGAAUCUCAGCCCCUUAUUAAAAAGGAACAUCUUAUCACAAUCAACACAGGAGAUGUACCAAGUGCCAAGGACCUGAAGACAGCUGAAAACAGGAAGAAGAAGCGUCAGUCCAUCGAUGAUGAUGAGCCAGAUAUGGAGAGCCUUGAUUGGUGGAGCAAGUAUUUUGCCUCAGUGGAAACCAUGAUACGCGCCCCAAGAAAAGAUUCAUGGUGUGAGGACCAUGAGAAGCUGCGAGAUGAUGGCGACCUGGACAUGGAGAACAAGUCCUCCCAACAACCACAACAAUCUACCACUCCCUAUGGCGCCAUUCCUAAUGGGGAGACAGCACAGGAUGAUGACACAGACCCAAAACAUGCUAAAAAGAUGGAGAAAGAAUUGAAGAAGAUGGAAAAGAAGGAGGCUGGAGAUAAGAAGACACUGAAGGGGACUGCAAAAGCUGUCAGCCUGGCAAAGCAGCUCUCACCUAAAACCCAAAGCAAGAAGGACAAACUGCUCAACUCGACAUCACAGCUCAAGUUCCAUGGUUUUGUAAACAAGUUGAUGAGAAGAGAGUUUGAGGAGGAGGCAAAAGAAGAGAAAAAACAAGAUGUGGAGGGUAUCUUUGAGGUUUUUCCCAAUGAACUUGAGAAUCAGUCGGAGUUUGAAGGUUUCCGUGAAUGGCUUCACACAUUUGAGUUGUACCGUGGCAAAAAGACAGGGGACGAGGAGGCAGAUGAGAGCAGAGUGGUCGGCAAGUUCAAGGGUUCCUUGAAGAUCUACAAGUACCCCCUUCCCCAGGACAUUGAAGACACAACCAUCACAGGAGGCGACCCUGCCUUUGGUCUGUUUCAGGGGCUGCCCAGCAAUGACCCGAUCAAAGUUCUUGUCAGGGUCUAUGUAGUAAAGGCCAAUGAUCUUCACCCUGCUGACAUUAAUGGCAAGGCCGAUCCCUACCUGAUCAUUAAGCUGGGGAAAACUACCAUCAAUGACAAAGAAAACUACAUCUCUAAACAGUUGAAUCCUGUCUUUGGAAAGUGUGUUGAGAUUGAGGCCACGUUCCCCAUGGAGUCCCUGUUGUCGGUGCAAGUGUUUGACUGGGACCUGGUUGGAAUGGAUGACCUCAUAGGAGAGAGCAAGAUUGAUCUGGAGAACAGGUUCUACAGUCGGCAUCGGGCCACUUCUGGACUGGCUCACAAAUAUGAACUGCAUGGCUACAAUGCAUGGCGGGACCCCCAGAAACCAACCCAGAUCCUGCUGAAGAUGUGUAAGGAUGGCAAGGUGGAUGGUCCACAUUAUCAGGCUGGCAAGGUCAGGGUCGCAAACAGGAUCUUCACAGCACCCCUCGAGAUCGAAGAUGAAAAUGAUGAAGAUGAGGAUAGGAGACCCAAGAACAAACGCAGACAAUCUAAGGGUGUGAAGAAGGCAACGGAUGAGCAUCUUGCUCUGGCAGUGUUAAACCACUGGGAGGAGAUCCCCAAAGUCGGCUGUAAACUGGUGCCUGAACAUGUGGAGACCCGACCUCUCUACAACCCAGAGAAACCUGGCAUUGAACAGGGCAAGAUUGAGAUGUGGGUGGAUAUGUUCCCCAUGGAUAUGCCCUGUCCUGCUGCACCGGUGGACAUCUCCCCACGAAAGCCUAAGAGCUAUGAACUCCGCUGCAUCAUCUGGAACACUGAUGAUGUUGUGCUGGAAGAUGAUGCCUUCUUCACAGGAGAGAAAAUGAGUGACAUCUAUGUUAAAGGCUGGGUGAAAGGUUCAGAUGACAUGCAGAGUACAGACAUUCACUACAGAUCUCUGACAGGUGAGGGCAACUUCAACUGGAGGUUUGUGUUCCCCUUUGACUACCUGGUUGCUGAGGAGAAAAUUGUCAUCUCACGGAAAGAGACAUUGUUUUCCUGGGAUGAGACAGAGUCUAAGAUACCUGCCAGACUCAAUCUGCAGGUCUGGGAUGCCGACCACUUCUCAGCUGAUGAUUUUCUAGGUUCCCUGACUUUGGACAUGAACCGUUUUCCACGAGGAGCAAAAUCAGCAAAGCAGUGUUCGUUAGACAUGCUUAAGACUGACGGAAGUGUACCACAAAUGUCACUCUUCAAACACAAAAGGGUCAAGGGAUGGUGGCCCUUCGCUGUCAAGAAUGAGUCAAAUGAUGAAUUAGAGCUCACGGGGAAGGUAGAGGCAGAGCUGCAUCUGCUGUCUGUAGAGGAGGCAGAGAAACACCCAGCAGGACUUGGGCGGAAUGAGCCGGACCCACUCGAAAAACCAAACCGACCUGACUCAUCGUUUAUCUGGUUCCUCAAUCCACUCAAGUCCAUCCGCUACAUUUUGUGGCACAACUACAAGUGGGUCAUCUUGAAGGUGUUCAUCGUUCUCCUUCUGUCUGCCAUACUGGUCCUCUUCUUCUACUCCAUGCCUGGUUACACAGUCAAGAAAAUGUUUGGAGCUUGAUAACUGGUCACUUACCAGCAAUCAGUUGAUUGGCUGAAGGCUACUGCAGUCUAGAAGAUUUCUGGUAGCCUUUAGUCAAUCAAUUCAAUACUGGAUUGUGGCUGGAUGACUGAAAGGUGCCAUUGACCUUUCAUUGGAUGGAUCUCAGGCAUUUGAACUUAAUCUGGACCAAUUAAAUCAGUGAGCAAUGUAUGAGAGUGGUUGAUUUGAAGAGAAAGCUGUCUGUGAUUGGUUGAAUACAACUGUGAUUGUAAGCUUGCUAUAGCAUUUUCAACCAGUGCAUCUGUGUAUGCUUUGGCAAUUUUACCACAAUCAGCAUGGUAUCAGUUAAUGGCAGAUGCUUUGGAACUGAUUGGUUGAAAUAAUGAAAACUGGCAUCUGAUUGGCUGCAUUGGUGCAUAAAGUGUUGUCAUGACAAUAAGAAUGAUGUUUCUGAAUAGGUGGAACUGUUUACAUGUAGCAGUUGUGAGUUUGGUUCACAUCACAUGAUCUACACAGUUUUAUUCUAUUUCCAAAAGCAGUGACUCACAAGUAGGUUGUAGAUACCUUGGACCCUUAGUUCCAGCCAACAUCAGAAAUAUCACAGCAGUAGAACACACAAUGGUCACUUGGAUUCCUGUCAGUUGUAAUUGUUCAAAUGUAUUAAACACGGAGGGAUUUUUUUAACCUAAGUACAGAGAUGCUGUUCUGAAGAUGUAGUAAUUUUCUGAGAUGUGAACUUACCUUGUGAGAGGUCCUUGGUUACAGCAGCAUCACUGCUCACCCACAUCAUCUAUACAAUGUUGGGAACACCACCCAAGUCUGUGCAAUAACAUCUUAAUAUUGUUGUUGUCUGUCUUCUUGCCACCUAUAUCUUCUGUGAAGUGCAUGACAAAAUGUCAUAUCAUGUAUAAAGAUUAACAGCUGUGUACAGUUUGCAGGAGUUCAGAUUGUUUAGUUGUCACACUCAAUCAAGGAUUAGAGAAUGUACUUUAUUGACCAUUUGUGCCAAAAGUGUUCCUGAUCUUAUGCCUUGUAAGGAAUGUAUCAGUACUGAAUCAGAACCAAGACAGUCUCAGUAUUUCACUUAAAUGUAUUGUUAAAUUAAUUUACACAUUCAAACUGUUUCAAUCAAAAUAUGUAAUUCAAUAUGUUCUUGGAUAGGUUAAGUCUUUGAUCAUUGUACUAAUUUACACUAUGAUAACACUUCACCAGUACCUUACAUCACAUCAAUUUUAGAUGUCAUAAAACACAGAAUUUAUUUUUUAAAUAUCCUCGAGUGAAUAAGAAUACGUUACUUGAAAUAGUAAAUUGGAAGCUGUUAAUUUGUACUUGUUCCAAAACAAAAUAAAUAUCAUCCCAUUAAUGCAGUCAUGUACCGGUACAUCAUUUAUUUAAAAGCAUUGUUGAGAAAUGUAUUUUCUUUUUUUUCCAAAAUCAUUGUACCCUUGAUUGAGUGUGCGCAGAUAUCAAACCUGUUCACAGAGGAUAAAGAUUGUUUGACUUAUAUAGAUCCACAUAGUUUAGACAUUGCACAGAGGAACUUUUCAAAGCAUUCCUACUCUAUAUUGUAUAAAUGUACAAAGCAUGUAGUCAGGUAGUUUUUUGUCCCCAUUCUCAAUGUCUGCAUGGAAGUACAACCCCUUACAGUGUUCAUACUGAUGACACAUAAUGUCCAUGGGACUUGUUGAUCUGAGUGAUCCAGACUUGGUUAUGUUAUACUCUUCAUGUAAAAAUAUGAUUCCAUGUCUACCUGUUUCCUCAAUGUUUAUGUACAUUAAUAUAAUUGCUCUGAUAUAUUUCUAAGGCCACAAUGUUUUGCCAAAGAUAGUUUCUUUGUAUAGGAUUGGAAACUGAGUACAGUCUACUCUCGAUAAGUAGGUUCCACAUUAUUAGAAAAUCUGGACGACUAGAAACUUUAUAUAUGGGGCAUGGAUGGCCCUGUUGUACACUGGAAGACACUGGAAUUUGCUGUGAAGAGUUGCAUCCCUUAGGUGUACCAGAAUCCUAUCGUGGGUUAGAAACCCGGAUUCAUCCUGAUUAUGUUUCUAGGUUUGUCACCACCAUACCCAUGGGUUUUACUAUUGAGGUAAAUGUCUAAGACCUACAUCACUUAGGACGUUCCAUUCAGAGGACAUACCUGAAUAUAAGUAAACUACUGUUCAAGCUGUGUUAAGCCCCACCCAUUGACUCACACACACAUCACAUGUAUUUAUCUAUAGAUAGAUGUUCUGGAACACUGACUCACUAUCCAUAGAAAAUUUGAUCGUUUAACUCGACUGGAAAAUAUUGAAGAACAGUGCAGUGACUGAUAGCUACUGACUGCACCUGGAUCACCACACACGUUACACUCCCUUGUUGUCACUUAUUGCUCAUUGCUGUAAGCAGUAUGUAUUUAUAUAAUGAAUUAAUUGUUAUCAGAAUGUGCAAUUGUUAAGCAUAAAUUCCCUUUGUUUAUUUUAUCAACAGGUCUAAUAAUAUGAUAGGUUGUUGUAGAUAAAAAAAACCUGUUGGAAUCACUAGGGUGGGACAAGCAAUAUUCCAGAUCAGUAGAUACUUUGGGUCGGCCCCACUUAAGGAGAAUCGACUGUACAAGUAAAUGUAAUGUUUUAAGUUUCAUCUUUUCUUAAAUUUGACAUCAAGACCUAGGACAUAAUUCUAUUUUACCAAGACUUUCCAAUUCCCUGUAGAGGCUUCAGGUAGACUUUCAGGUGUACGUAAGUAGGCCAUACAUUCAAGUGCUUCUGUGAUGCAAACACUCUAGUUUGGCUAAUUGUACUUAUUGAGGCACACUGCAAUGCAUGAUGAAAGACAACAGCUGCUUAAUUCAGGACAUUUUAUUUAAGCUGCUACACAUCGAUAGUCCUUGCUUACUAGUUGCUGUGAAGUUGCAACACAUCAUGAAGCUAGAAUGGUCACUGCAGUUAAACAACAUAUAUCUUACAAUCAAUGUUCCAAAUAAGCACCUGCCAAUAGUUUCAAAUUUGUAUGGUCCUUAUGGCCUACAGUAAAUUUAAGUGUUGAUUUAUCUGUAUAAGCUUUAGGGUUUUUUAAAUGGGUACCCAAAGAGUUUAGUCCUGCAGCUUCUUAAGUCUAUGGGUCCUGAUGGCAGCCUGGCAAACUGUUUUUGUUUCAAACACUGCUUACAAUGUAUAUUUUUUUCCUUACACUUGCAAAUAUCAAACUUUAAAGCUUAGAUGUCCAUGAAACUUCUUGUCAUAUGUUAUGGAAAUAUUUUUGACAUUUCCAGAAAGAUGUAUUAUUUUGAGUAUAUACAACCAGGUAUGAGCAUCUUGAGACCAUCUUGCAUUCAUAUGUGACCUGUUUCAUUUAAGGGUGAAUACAUUCCAGGAAAUGUUUACGAAGAGCAACAGUAUGAUAAAUCUAACAACAUAGAUGAAUUAGUACUUCUAUAGUAAACUGGUGUAAUGUUUCCUUUUUGAGGAGUAAAACACUAUUCCUAGAACAUGCCAGUUACUUCAACCAUGGCAUGGCAGAAAUUAGAAGAUGCAAUUUUAAUACCAUUCUGAAAAAAUGUUUUGCAACAAGAACAUACGUAAAAUACUGUCUGAAAUGCUAAAAAAAAUAUUUUUGUCUGUUAAAAAAUGGUUUCACAGAUUUUCACAUAUUGAGUAAGUCCAAUGAGGGAAAGAGACUAUAGAAAUAUGCACAUAUUCUCUGACUCUGUUAUAAUCAUCAUAAUGUUGUCUGUGCAAAUACAUGGGCCAGUGUGAGUUCAUUAGCGGGGGACAGGUGUUAGGUAAUUAAUUACCUCAGGCUAUAGGCCCUUCAUGCAUGCAUGACAACACACGAAUAUUUAUUAUCACUUUACCUAUUCAAGUACCUAUUUAGGCUAUCACAGUGUCAGUUAGGAAAGACUAAAUUAGGUGGAUUUGCAUUAUUAUGAUAUACCCCGGAGUAUGCAUAGGCCUAUGAUUGAUAUUUAUUAAAUGAAGCCAGAAAAGCAUUUCUCUAGCAUUUUCAACAGUCCUUUAGAACUUAGCACUGCUGAUCGUUGUACAACAAGAACAUGGCAGAAAAUAAAAGAUGCAAUUUUUUUUUUUUUUACAUAUCGUUCUGGAAAAUGUUGUGCAACAAGAACGUCAAAAUUUUAAUUUACUUGGACCUCUAUUUUUGUCCUCUUUGUCUGUUGCUGUAAUAAUCUUCUCCAAAGUGUGUGGGGUUUUGUUUUUCUGUCACCUUAUUUACUGUAUUUCAUGUCGUUGAGAUGAAUGUUUAUAUGCUCAACUGUGCCGGUCUCACUGUGCCGGUCUCACUGUGCUGGUCUCACUGUGUUGGUCUCACUGUGUCGGUCUCACUGUGCCGAUCUCGGUCUCACUGUGCCGAUCUCACUGUGCCGGUCUCACUGUGCCGAUCUCACUGUGCCGGUCUCACUGUGCCGAUCUCGGUCUCACUGUGCCGGUCUCACUGUGCCGAUCUCACUGUGCCGGUCUCACUGUGCCGGUCUCACUGUGCCGAUCUCAGUCUCACUGUGCCGGUCUCACUGUGUCGAUCUCACUGUGCCGGUCUCACUGUGCCGAUCUCACUGUGCCGGUCUCACUGUGCCGAUCUCACUGUGCCGAUCUCACUGUGCCGGUCUCACUGUGCCGGUCUCACUGUGCCGAUCUCACUGUGCCGGUCUCACUGUGCCGAUCUCACUGUGCCGGUCUCACUGUGCCGAUCUCACUGUGCCGGUCUCACUGUGCCGGUCUCACUGUGCUGGUCUCAAUGUGCCAAUACCUUUGCUGUGAUAGUGUUUGGCUCACAUUAGGAUAACAUGGCUCCAUGUGUUGACAGCUUGUUGCCCGAAACACAUACAGAGCUGCAAUGACUAUAUUUCUGUUUUUAAUGGUAGAUCAACCCACAUGUGAUGGAUUUUCUAAUGUCUUAUGGGUUUGAGAUAAAUUACUACACACUUUUAGUUCUUUUCAAAUUAUUAGAAGUAUGAUUAUAGUAAGCAACAAACCUUGUUGGUAUUAAUUUCCUGAUCAAAAUACAGAUACCAAACUAAAACUAUUUCUAUUUCACAUGCCAACAGUCAGUUUCAUUUACUGGUCAUUUUAUAAAAUCUGUGUCACACAAAUCUGAAAAUAUUGUUUUGUGAUAAUUGGCUUUACCCAAAAUGUGAAACAAUAUAUUUAAUGGACAAGUUGUUGCCCCAUUUCAUGGAACAGGUCACAUUUAUUAAAUGCAUGUUUUUAAUAAUUUUAUGUAAUGCUUCUGUAAGAUGCUCUUACCACUCCUAGACAAGCUACAUUCACUUUGAAGGAUGUUUAUAUACAUACUAUGUGUAGAUAUGUAGAAAUGAUGCAACUGCCAGAUUACUCUGACUACAUUGUUACCUGACCUGUUGAGUUUGAGUCCUAUUACUUGUUAACACUUUUAUCAUUUGAAUUUCUUAUUGAGCAUAUUCAGUCUAGAAACAUCAACUUUCUUUCUCGUUGUCAUUGAUGGGAUUAUAAAAGUUAAUUUUCACAAUAUCAAUGAAUGCUAUGUGUGUAGAGUAAGAGUGGUGAGAUUGCAAGUACCUUUUACACAGUUUAAACAGAUAUUCAACCAAAGUAGAACUGGUAUUUACACAUCCUAAAUAGAACAUCUGUAUGAGGUUAUGUUUAUUGUGAGAAAUUGAAAAACAACCCAAGGUGCACCACAGACUUUUGGGGACACAAACGCCUAUGGGUUUUGUUAUAGCUGCUUCCAGGGUUGUCAUGAAGUGGGCCGUACCAGAUUCUGCACUGUGACAAUGCAGUAAAAUCAAUGUAACACAGUUCAGAAGGACAUAGAGGUGAUCUGAUUUCAGAACAGAUCCACACAAGACCAUUAGUUUCCAGGAAGAGAAAAGGGAGGUUUUCUAGACUGAAUGUGGAAUUAUCAUGAUGUUUUAAAUAUGUAUCACCCUGAAGUAUGAAUUUAUGAGACAUUUAACUAAUUGUUGUUUUCCUAGCAUUCACAAUCAUGUGAUACAGACAAUAUCUCCUUGUUUGUUUGUACAUUUCUCUUACAUAAAACAGUAGAGGAUGUCAAUCAAACUGGGAUAUUUUUCAGCUGUAGACUACUGGCAGACACAUAUGGAUGGACAUCAGCAUGCAUCAAUAUGACACAGUGCUUCAGUUAGGAAUGCAUGGAUGGGAGUCAUGCGGCUCAUAUACAAUGAAUGUACAGUUAACUUAAGGCAUUUAGCAGGCUGUUCUUCUUGGGGGGAAAACACACAGAUUCAUGAAAGACAGACUGAGCAAGGUGUUAUAUCAAUAGUGUAGAAAUGUAGUGUAAGAAAUGAACACUGACUGUAAGGCAUUAACCCCUAUUGAAGGGGUUGGAACUAAAUAUAAGGGCAUCAACAGAGAGUCUCAGACAUUAACACUAACUGGAAAGCAUGAACCCUGCUAAAGGCAUCUACACUGACUGUAAGGCAUCUACACUGACUGAAAGGCAUCAUCAGACAGAUUGUAAGGCAUCUACUGUGACUGUAGAACACAUCUGCACUGACUAAAUAUAUACAGAAUUAAACAGGGUUGUGGACAUGAUUUCCAUCCAAAUAUCCCAAUGUAGCCCAUUUCUCCAUGCCAUGCUCACAUUUCUUGUUUCUCUAUUAUUCCUAGCCCCUUCAUCUUGUUAUGCUGUUGUUGUGUAGGAAUUGUUAUUCUGUUAAGCAUUACACUUACUAGCUGUUCUUACCAUUCAGUUGAUCAAUAUUUGUCAAAUAAAACAAUUGAUUGUG